AUGGAGAACUUUUCGGAAAUUUUCAUCACCAUUAAACCACUGUUCGACGCUGUUAUUAAAAAACCUACCCAGGAAGGGAUAUUAAAUCUUAACGAACAUCUCAAGAAAGUCGACAACAAUAGUGUGCAGAUCUUGCAGAACAUAUUUCUACAACAGUUGAUCAUACUCGUCGAUGCGGUACCGGGGCAAAACCAAAACGAACUGAAAACACAUCUGCUAGAAUGCAUCAUCACCAUUCUCCAGAAAGGCCGGCUGAAAAAGGCGGUAGCACUAAAAACAACACUUCUAGCCGCCCUGAAACUAAUAUACGACAAGGACACGGGUAAAAUACGUCCCAACCUGUCCGAAGAAUACAAACUAGCCGUGUUGAAAGUGCUCUCGUUUGCCUCUCGCCACAUCCAGCCCGAACUGAUAGAGGAAGUUUACGUCAAGGAUAAUUUAACCCUCCUUUCGCAAGCCAUUUUUGUGUGCGUCCGCAUAGUGGAAACAGAACGGGCACGAAAGCUACGUUUCCAAGCAGUCGAUGCGAUUCUAUCGCUCCUACAAGUGCAUGAUGAUUUCGACUUCAACGAUAUAGUUCUACGGUGUCAGGUGGCGGAACUGUUGUUCAUUACACUGCCGAAACUGCUUACAAUUUUCGUGUCCAUUAUCAAUGGAGAUGAAAAGCAGGGUACUGCCGUGUACCGGAUGGCUAUUAAAGCGCUAGGACGAACCCUCAGUCUUAUCUUUGAAGACUACUCAAAAGAUACAACCAACGAUCAGUACUGCAUCGAGCGAUUUCGGCAACUGACUGAAAGCUUCACCGAAAAAGACAAAAAUGCCAAUGUGCUAGGUUUGGGUUUGCGUGCAGAUGAUAAAAUCAAAUACUUUAAUGAGACGACACGUUCUCGCGAGUGGUUGCUGCAGGCGGACAAGAAAGUAGAGAAGGUACUUCAACUCAUUCUCCAUCUUCGUGGGCACGAGGAGGACCUUGUACGGUUGGAGUUUGCCAAAAUGAACUGCGAACUGUUACGAAACUGUACUUACAAUAUGCCCUGCAGUACCGUCCACUAUUUGCAGACCGUGAUCGCCAUGAGCCAUGAUGAAUCGGAACGCGUUCGUGAUAUCUGCGAAAAGUGUCACCAAUCGGUGCCCUUUUUUACAAUAUCUUUCGCUGGAAAUCGUAUUGAUGAAUUGUUUUACGAUACACUUAACCAAAUGCCUCGUAUCAUCUACCGCGGAGAAGAGCAUGAACAAAUAUCGAACUUUCGACUGAUUACGGGAUUCCUUGGCUUCUUCUCCGAGCCGCAACUGACAAGCAUUUUCUCGUGCCAAAACAUACUGGAACAGUUCAUCAUGGUACUGUUGGCCGGAGCCGAGCUUGAGAGUGUCGAUGAGCUUAUACGUAGAGAGUACGUGUCGUACCGUUUCGAAUACGAAGAAAGUUUCCACCUGCAAAAGGAAAAAAAUGAAUCCCGAUGGAUCGUCCUAAAGAACGUGUCGUCUCCUAGAGCUAGGCAAUCGUUUCUCGAUCUGAUCCACACACUGCGAAUGCACGAUCAAGCGGUAAAUACGGUGCUCAUGUACAUUCUGGACAACUUUUACGCUUCAAGGAUAAAUAGCAACGGAUAUCUAUUCAUUUUGAGUGAAUUGAUACCGGACACAAUCGAUUACAGCCCUUCGCAGCUGGAACCGUUCAAAACAUUGCUCUCGGAAGUGCUGCAAUCGCACCACUGGUUCUUGGAGUUGGACGAUAACGAAAACAUUGCCGACCAGAAGUAUAAUGCGUUGCAUGUUUGCCUCGUCGUUCGAACCAUCGCCCGAAUUGCACGGUUAAUGAAGGAACACUUUCACUGGUAUCUGUACGAUACGCUACGAAUUCUUUUGCAAUGUUGCGGCAAUACGCUAAACUGUGUGAACGAAUCAACAGAACUGGCCCUAGAUAUCGUAGCUCACUCGCAAGGCUUGUCCAGCAUAGAACAGUUGAUACACCACAAUCUCGACUACAUAUCGCAACAAGUAACCCGGUGUUUAAGACGCAAGGAAUACUUCCGGGAUGGCAUGACCAUUCUGGAAUCGGUGUUGCGUUUCGUACCGUACGAAACAUCGGAUGUGCUCGAAUCAACGGUUACACCAAUUGUCAUGAAUAUUCUGGAUAGUUACUCACAGUACGGCGAACGGAACUCGAUCAUUUGUUUGCGAGUAUUGCAAAUAUUUAUCCACUCCAUAAGGCUACGUUAUGAGCACGAAGAAACCAAAUCACCGGAAGCUGCCAACGAAAAAGCGUCCGUUAAUCUUACCGAGCAGAUUGAACGGUUACAAAAAUUGCUUCAACGAGAAAUUGCAAACGAAGCGGAAGAUGUGGAAUUCAAACCAGAUGAACUGGGCGAAGAAACGGACCAUAUGGAUGAAGGCGAUGAGGCAGAAAAUGAAACCGAAACGGAGGCGAACAACGAAGAGAAAUUACCUGCACACGUUAAGAUAGUAUUGCGCAUCCUGACGGUUAACUUCAAACAUCUCGCUUCGUCCAACGAUGCCGAACGGAUUGUUGCACUAUGUACCCUGAACGAAGGAAUAUACGUGCUGCAAAGGUACGAAAAUCAACUUCUACCGUUGGUGCACAAUAUUUGGUUUAAUCUGACCGAACGGUUCUCCGAUCGAAAUCCCGCCGUGGUAAGCAAUGCAUUUGAUUUACUGCUCACUAUGGCCCGACUAGCAAAAGAUUUCAUACGCAACCGAUCGCUGGCUGAUGUGCUUCCAAAACUGUACACAUUUAUGAAGGAACACUGGAAUGCGGAUGCUAGCGCACAUCAGGUGUUUAAACUGCAAUGCAAAUUCCUCGCCUCAAUAGACGAUCUGGUGCGCAAUCUUAAUUUGAGUGAGAAACAACUCGACAAUGUGCUUGAAGUUGUACGUCUGUACUGGGAAAAGGCUGAACGACGGGAGCUGAAAAAACGAGCCGCUGAAUGUAUGCAACGUAUGAAAACCAUUAAUUCGCUUGCUGUAUUUCUGAAAUGUGGCUGUAAAGCUGUUUUACAGUAA